AUGGGCACAGUCUCCAGCAAGAUCGAGGACAAUCCGGGUCUGCUUCUGCUGAACCAAGCAAAGCUAACGAUCUCGAGCGUCCACAUUACGAACUCGCGUGGGCAGACACUGCUACGAGUAUCACCAAAUGCCUAUCCAGUGACGAGAUACAGCGCUCAGAAAGAUACGGGAGACGAUGCGCCUACGGAGUAUGUUCAAGACCCGGACAGUGUUGCGGCCGGCCUUCCACCAUCCUUCCUCGUACGCCUGAGCAAUAGCGACGAGCUCAACUUCACAUUCACAUUUGUGCUUCGACAGCAGGGGCCAAUUAGCUCGGCCGCUGCCAAUGGAGCACCCGUAUCGAGUAUUGGCACAGAUACUCAUGUCUCGGGGUUGACUUUUGUUCAUGGAUCGAAUGCAAGAGAGGUGGAGAAUCUGGUGGUGAGGGAGUUUCACACGGAUCCAAACCUACACAAGAACACCAAUGUGGAAUUGUUGGGCGAUUACUCGACAAGCGGCAGUCCAAGCGUUCAAUUUACUUGGGCAUGGAAGUGGCGGCCUCCGAAGCCAGCAGAAGACCGGGGAGGAGGGUGGCGUAACAGUUGCAGUUUUGUGGAAUAUGAUCAGAGGGCGCAUAAACUGAGCACUCUUGCGAGCUUCACCUUUUGGGUCCAGAAUACACAACGAUUCCUGAUACCGCGUUCGCCGAGACUGGAGAUUGUGCCACGGCUUAGAGUGCCGUCCGCACAAUCGAUUGAGUCACGCGUGAGCAAUAUCAGCGACUCGGAGGGAGAAGGCAGCUACAAGGACUACAAGGAGCCUCAGUCACCCAUGUUCCAACCUAUACCAGAGGAUGGCAUCGGUCUAGGUCUGGCACCUUCCAUCACACCACAUUCCGCGGAGACGCCAGUGAAGGUAGACGUUGCGACGUGUAAGCCUGGCGAUGAUCCCGCGAGCAAUGAUGACGGGCCGGUGUUUCGUGCGACUAUGCGGUCCCUUGAGCAGAAGACAGGCCAUAUGCGGAUGCGCAUGAAGAAAGUCCUGCGCACAGCUGUGGCUGCGGAAGAAGCUCAGCGAGCUUGCAACCAGGCUGUUGGUGACUUUACAGAUGCCUUGAAAGAAGCGUCGACUUCGAACGUGAACGCCGUCAAGCCAGCACUGGAUCACUAUUUCGAGAAGAUCGCAAAGCAAAUUCUGGCAUACGAGCGGCAGAAUACUGUCAACCUGCAGAAGCUUAUUAUCGAUCCGAUCAGCAGACUCUACAACCUCGAAAUCAAGCAAGCAGAUUACAAGAAACGGGAAUUUGAUGAAGAAAGCAAGGAGUACUAUGCAUAUGUUGGCAAGUACUUGGGCCAAAGGAGUGAAUCCGUGAAGGAGAAGAAACAGAAGCACAGCGACGAGAAGUACCAAGCGAAGCGACGAACCUUCGAGCUCAAGCGCUUCGAUUACUCCAGCUUCAUGCACGACUUGCAUGGUGGGCGCAAGGAUCAGGAAGUGCUGUCGCAGCUCACCAAGUAUGCUGAUGCACAGGCCAAAGGCUAUCUCAGUACCGCCAAGAAAGUCGAGGAGAUGAUGCCGCAGCUUGACGCGCUGGUCGCGGAAGUCAAGGCUGCGGAUCAAGAUUUUCAGCUGCAACGAUCGGAACGUGAGGAGAAGCGUCGAACACUAGAGAAGAGCAGCAAGUCGCCGAGUGAUGAGAGUGCCGUAGUACCGCCUGGACUCGGCUAUCCACUUUCGGUCUCGGCUGGAUCGCGGCUUGCUGAACAGGAUCAGACGAGGAUUCCUAGCUAUGGCGGUGGCAAUGUAAUGUCGCAAUCGCCUCCUACCACCAGCACUCUUGCUAUGCAGGCCACCUCGAACGGCAUGCUGAGGACUGCUAACAGCGGACAACCUUUUAUCGGCAGCAGUCCAAACGCGAGGUUCAAGGGCAUUCGAGAUCUGGAGGAGGGCGCGAGCAGUAUGCUCAAUGGCGGCGCCAAUCGCAAAGAAGGUUUGCUAUGGUCUUUGAGCAGACCUGGCAGUCAUGUUGAUCCGAAAGUGGUCGUCAAGCCUGGUUGGCAUAAGUUCUGGAUCGUGCUGGAUGGAGGCCGACUGUCGGAAUAUGUCAAUUGGAAGGACAAGCUUGACCUGCACAUGGAUCCGAUCGAUCUCCGAACUGCAUCUGUUCGAGAAGCGAGGAACUCAGAUCGUCGUUUUUGCUUCGAAGUCAUCACGCCACAGUUCACAAGGGUCUAUCAAGCGCCAUCGGAGGAAGAUGUAAAGGCGUGGAUCGCAGCCGUCAACAAUGCCAUGCAAUCGGCAUUCGAGACUAGGGAUCCCGUGCAGCCAAGCGCGCCGUCACCAUCGCCCGGACAAAGUGGCUCGACACGAAAGGACAUCGCAGCGGUGCUGACUGGCAAGAGCUCAUCCUUUUCUGGACACCGGCAAGUCUCCAACCCUAACAGGUCCGAGGCUGCGAAGGCCGUAAACAGAUUCGCCUCCACGGGAGAACGGCCGCAGAACAAGCGCGGUGACAGCGGUGAGCAUGAACCCUCGGCAUUACUGUUGCGGAUACGAAAUGCAGACGAAGGCAACAAGCUCUGUGCCGAUUGCGGCUCCGAGAGUAAAGUCGAUUGGUGUUCUAUCAAUCUCGGUAUUCUACUGUGUAUCGAAUGCAGCGGCAUCCACCGUUCACUCGGCACUCACAUCUCGAAAGUGCGGUCACUCACUCUGGACACCUCCGCAUUCACACCAGACAUCGUCGAAGUACUUCUUCUUAUCGGAAACCGCGUCAGCAACAUGAUAUGGGAAGCGAAACUGGAUAGAUUCCUGAAGCCGUCAAUGCAUUCGACUCGCGAGCAGCGACUACAUUUCAUUACCGACAAGUACAGCGACCGCAUGUAUGUGCAAGCGGCCGUCUCGACACAGACACCGGACGAACAUUUGUUGACGAGUAUCAAGCGGAAUGAUAUACAGAAUGUUCUACAUGCAUUAGCAUUGCGAGCUAACCCCAAUGCUCACGACCGCAUGCGGUCGAUACAUGCGCUGUUCUUGGCUCUGGCGGCUGCAGAUCCUGCUGCACCUGGUGGGACAUCUUUCUCGCACUCGCACAGCUCGUCGUCCUCAAGCAUUGUACGGAAGCCUGUGAACGGCACAGCUUCAUCCGUACCGCCCGCAGCACCGACUAGGAAGCCCUUCGCGGUAGCUGAGGUACUGCUACAGAACGGAGCAGAGAUACCGACAGAACCUGCUCCGAUACCAUUAUCCGAGGCAGCGAAAGUCUACAUCGAAUUCAAGAAUGAGCAGCGCAUGGGCAAGACCUUACCGAGCGCAGGCGCUAGAGACGCUAAUGGCGACUCCCUGUCUGCUCUGCCUUCAAUGCUUGGAGCGGGUCUAUCGCCUAAUGAGCGAGCCGCCCGUGAGCGAGAGAGGUUGUCGAAGAGGAGUAGUGCUGGUAGCACUUUGGGCAGUCGGACGGGAAGGCAGAGUUUCGCGAGCGAUGCUAUUGAGAGUUUUGUGAAGAAGUAG